GGAUGGGGCACGCGAAUUAAGGGAGCAAAACGUCCCCGGGACUGAGGUGGGACAUUCGAAAGGCGUUUCGGGAUGUUCCGGGCAAAACUCAAGCACGGAACGGGCUACUCUUCACCGUCUUAUGUAACUUUCUUUUAAAAGUAGCCAAAAGAAUUUCUAAAAAAUGGUUAAAAAUCUCGAGAAUUUAAUCAUUAUUGUUGUUAUCAUUAUCUUCUACCGAUACAAAGUCAGUGAGAAAAAAUUGUGCUACACGCUAUUUUUAAUUAUGUUCUGAUACAAAGUCAGUGGAAAAAAAAAUUAUGCCACACUGUCAUUUUCAAUUUUAAUUUUGGUUCCACCCCUGUGAUCGAGAUUGCUAUUUCGGUUCCAAGUCGGAUUGAAACAGUCAAAACCCAAAAGAAAAGAUCAUCAAUCAACCAAAUAGAUCGAAAGAGAGUUUUAGGAUAAUACAAAAUAAUAAUAGAUCUAAUCGAGAGCUGCUGCUAAUCGUCUUCCAAAUUGUAGGCACCAUGGGUUAUAUUGAUCCAAUUUAUAUGGCAACCGGGGUAUUGUCAAAAGAAUCAGACGUGUAUUCAUUUGGUGUGGUGUUAUUCGAAGUUCUUUGUGGAAGAAUUUGCAUACAAGAUAUCCAAGAUAAUCGUUUACUCAAUAAUCUGAUUACAUUGGUACGAAUGCGGUAUGAAAAUAAUAAACUAGAUACUCUAGUAAAAACUAGUAUAAAGGAACAAAUCUCGCCAAAUUGUUUGGAAAAAUUCUCAAACAUCGCAUAUCAAUGUUUGGGGCCAGAGAGAGAAGAUUGCCCAUCAAUGACUCAAGUUCUUUCCGAGCAUGAAAUUGCACUACGAUAUCAAGAGACAUGUGAGAAGAAAAAAUUUGGGGUAUUCGAGAAGGAUGAAUUUGACUCGGAUGACGAAGGUGAUUUCUGGGAGACAAGGCUACCUUCGGUGUGGAAAGUGUGGAAAGGGCUGAUCAUCAAGUUCAACAUUCCACAUGCCAUCUACACUAUCAAAAGGGAACUCUUCUCACUUAUUCACAAUGGAAUUCUUUUUGAUGAAGGCAACAAGUUCUUAUGGAUAAACAAUGAUGGAACGAAAUGUGUACCUAUAUCAACAAGAAGAUUUGUAGAGCUCAACGAGGAGAAGGAUCAUUGUUGGGUGUUCCAACAUUGCUCUUCGAGUCAUUUUAUUUCUAGGUUUCCCAUUGUAGUGGAAUAUCUCUAUGGGAAGUGGCAUGAAAUUAGAUGUGAAAUAAAAACUAGCAUUUUAUCACUUGAUACCAUGUAUGCAGCUAAUUUGGUGUUCAAAUACUCUAGAAAACCCAAUGAGGAUCUAAAACAUUUAAGGUUUAUUACUCUUAGAUGGAAGGUUGAAGAGUCGAGUGUGUAUUCUGCAAAUUAUGCAGAACUGGUCCAUGACAACUGGUAUAAGAUCAAAAUGUGGACUUUCGUUAAUCAAGGGCCGAAUGCUGAUUUUGAGAUUGAGAUAGAGGAGCUUCUGUAUUACGACAAUCCUCUAGAAUCUGGUCUCUUGACACAAGGAAUAGAAUUUCAGCUUAUAGAGAUGCAUAAAGAGAUCAAAAGAAUAAAGAGUGACUUGAUACAAGAUGAAGAAGAUAUAGACAAUGAUUUGGACUGGGAGAAAAAGUUGCCAAAUGACUAUCACCAAUAUAUUGGGAUAUCAGAUGUUUAUUAUCUGCAUUACACCAGCAAAAAGGAACUUUAUCUCCUUUGCUUGGGUUUCCUUGCAUAUGGUGGCAAAUUGUGGCUUUUACUGUGCAAAUCAAAUGGCGGGAUAUGUUCGAUACUACCAGCAAAGCAUAUCUUAUGCAAAGAUACAAGCUAUGGAAAUCUGGAAACUCUGUCUCUAUCCAAAUCAAGGUUGAGAGAGGUGAAAGAACUUGCAACUGAUGAUUGGUAUCUUUUCGCAUGUAGACUUCGGCCAUUCAUGUUUUUACCUAAUUGUAUCUAUUCAUGCUAUCUUGUGUUCAUAUUUGGAGACAACCAUGUUUUAUCAACUUUGCAAAUGCGGUCCUGGGAAUUCUUUAAAGUAGAAUACAAGUUGGGUGACAUAAUUGAAGGUACUGUUUUAGCUCAUAUGUAUUCCACUCCACCGAUUAAUAUACCAACAAGGCAACAAUCAAAUGUACCAAGUAUUGAAGGAUUUAUGAUGCCAAAAGGUCACAUAGAUCUUCAAAAUAGUUGGAUGGAGGAAAGAAAUGAUGGUUGGAUGGAGGUUAGAGCGAGUAAGUCUUGAGUUUGUGACUGCUCAUCUCCCCCUUUUCCAGGAGUCCUGCUAUGAUUACCAAUGCUAGUGGAAGUCCUUGACACUUUCUAGCGAUAUGCUUCCCUGCAUCAAUCAAACUUUUGGGGCAUUCAUCUCCUCUAAAAAUCUUCCUCCCAACUUACUUCUUCCUUAGAUAUCGUUGAUGGUGAGUGAAACCGUUAUGGCUAGCAUGCAAAGCAACUUCUGUAAGACGAGUGGUUAGCACAAUUCUACUAGCUCUUUUAUCAUCUGGAAAGUAGCAUCUGAGAUCGUCCCAUGCCUCGGUACUCCAUAUAUCAUCAAUGAUGAUUUAAUACUUUCUGCCCUUUAGGCUCCGGUACAACAUUUCAGAGAGUUUCUGUUUACUGAACUCUUUGUAAUCUGAUUUUCCUAGUGAAGUUAAUAGUCCCA